AAAAAGCAGGUAGAUUUUGCAUCAUUCAAUGGCGAUUGGAUGAUGGUCCUGUACGAACGCCUCUGCCUCCGUUUCACACUGUAAGUUUACAAACACAAGUUACAGUUCUGGAGCGUGAGCUCGGACGGGUCUGAACUUGCAGCACAAAAAGAGACGAUCACAAGAUGCGAAGUCAAAGGAUUGAUGUAGUGCAGCUUCUCAGGCAGUCACAGACUGAACUGCUAUGGAUCCAGAGACAACUGUCAAUCUUAUCAGCGCGAAACGCCACUCAUAUCAGGACCAAAGAUAAGUUGAAACAGGACGCUCUGCCCUGGCAUCCGGCAUCUCACGCAUCCCACCAUGUGAAUCGUUGCCGCCUCCUAGAAGAAAAAAACAGAGCCCUUAAUUUAGAGCUGGCCGCCCUUAGACAGCAGAAACAGCAGCAGAGAUCUUGGGAGUCUGAGGUCAACGAGCGGAGGAAAAGGUGUCAUAUACUUGAGAGAGAAGUUAAAAACAAGACAAUAGCAUGUAAGACCUUGAAGAACGAGCUUAAGGAUGCUUUGCUGGAGAGAAAACGGCUCAAUCGUGAGCUGCUCGGUCACAUCCUGAAGGCCUCGCAAUACGAGAAGGUAAAGUUGGACUAUGAUCAGCUCAGAAAGACUUUUGGUUGUGUGAGUCAAGAGAGAGACUUGGCCAGGCAGGAGAAGGCUCAGCUGCAAGACAAACUGGAGAAUCUUGAGCAGGUCCUUAAGCAUAUGCGAGAGGCUGCGGACAGGCGGCAGCAACUAGAAGCAGAGCAUGAGAAGGCCCUGGCUUUCCUCAACUCCAGACAGCAGGAGAUCAACCUUCUACAGAAGGUUCAGGUUGAAGCUGAGAAAGAGCGAGAUGAAGUGGUGCAUUUACUAGAGGUCAAGGUUCAUGACUUAGAACAGAAAUGUCGGACACAGAGUGAACAGUGUAAUAUUUUGUCAAAAGAGCUGGAGAAAUAUCAACUGGGCUCAGACAGGGAGGAGAAACUCAACACUGACUCACAAGAGCAAAACGUCAGCGGCGUUUAUGAAAGCCUGCAGCGACAGGCAGAUAAAAGUGAUGAGAGAUCCGACGGAUCCCCACUGGUGUCAGAACUGCCCGUAGUACAGCAAAACAACAGAGACAACCCAGAGAAGCUGUCCGUCACACCCACCAAGUUUAUGAGUCACAGAGUCCACACCCAGAAUUGCGCCAGCAGCCCCAUGCAAGCCCCCUCCUCAGAGAUGGAUAGUGAAGUGAGGCCAGCUCGCAAGGCCAAGUCCAAGUCAAGAUACACAGGACAGGUCCGUCUCUGCACUGCUCGUUACAGUUAUAAUCCCUAUGAUGGACCUAAUGAGCAUCCAGAAGCAGAGCUCCCCCUUGUGGCAGGGAAGUAUUUGUACGUCUAUGGGGUCAUGGACGAUGAUGGUUUUUAUGAAGGUGAGCUGUUGGAUGGCCAGCGUGGCCUGGUUCCCUCUAAUUUUGUGGAGUUUGUUCAGGACAAGGAAAAGCUAGCCAUAGAAGGAGGAGAGGAACAGGGUCGGCUGGAGCAGAGCUGUUUGAGUCUAACUACCAUCGAUGGAGGAGCCUUAGACAGACUUGGCAGUGACCUGCUUGGCCACUGCAGUAAUGGGACAGGCGCUUUGGACGGUGAGGAGUUGGCAGACGACAUUGUGCCUUACCCCAGGAAAAUCAACCUGAUCAAACAGCUGGCAAGAAGUGUGAUAGUGGCCUGGGAAGCGCCAAUGGUACCCCUCGGCUGGGGGAAUAUCAACGGAUACAAUAUCGUAGUGGAUGGGGAAGUUCGUUCCACCGUGCCCUUCGGGGGAAGGACCAAACUGCUUCUGGAGAAGCUAGACCUGGUGGCCUGCACCUAUCGCGUGUCGGUGCAGAGCGUGACGGACAGAGGGCUUUCCGAUGAGUUGCGCUGCACUCUGCUGGUGGGUCGCAAUGUGGUGGUGGCCCCCACCGGCUUGAGAAUGGACGAGAUCAUGCAGGACUCUGCUGAACUCGCAUGGCUGCCCAGUAACAGUAAUUAUGCCCAUGUUGUGUACUUAGAUGGUGUGGAGCAUGCUGUGGUAAAGCCUUGCUCUUACAAACUGCGUUUCGUGAACCUGAAGGCCGCCACAGUAUACAAAGUAAAGGUCUUAGCCAAACCCCACCAGGUACCCUGGCACAUGCCACUGGAGCAAAGAGAGAAACGAGAGGCCGGGGUGGAGUUUUGUACACAGGCUGCAGUCAUCUCCUCCCUCCCAGGGCCCCCUAUGCCUCCUCAGGAAGUGCAAGUCCAUUGUGGUCACGCCCCGGGAAUCGUCCAGGUCCACUGGAAACCCCCUUCUCUGACGUCUCUGGGAACCUCCAAUGGUGCAAACGUCAUCGGCUACGCAGUUUGCACCAAGGGUCAGAGGAUUGCUGAGGUGUUGUAUCCGCUGGCAGACUAUGUGUCAGUCGAGCUGAAUCGGCUCCAGUGUUUGGAGGCCCGCGAGGUUGUCGUGAAGACUUUAUCAGCACAAGGAGAAUCUCACGAUUCCCAAGUCGCCGUCAUUCCAAACCACCUGCUGGUGCCUCUUGCUAAAACUCUCCCUCUUCCUCACCACAUCCAGACCGCUGUCCCACCCCAGCACUCCCGAACCUUGCCUCCUCAUCCCACACACCUAUCCCGAAUCCAGCCCUUUCCCCUUCCCCCUGGAGCCCAACCGCUCAUUCAUCUCCAGCCACUUCCUGUUCAUCCAAACCAGCCCCCAUCUCAGCUGCAUCCCCACAGGAUGCCUUAUCCUACACAGCCCUCUCCACCACACCUCCAAUCUUUACCACCACACUCCAUGCCUCAACUCGCCUUACCGAUGCCCCAGCAACAACCAGCCCUUCCGAUGCCCCAACAGCAAUCCGCCCUCCCCAUGCCCCAGCCCCAACCUUCCCUCCCUAUGCCCCAGCCCCAGCCUUCUCUCCCCAUGCCCCAGCCUCAACCGGCCCUCCCAAUGCUCCAACCCCAGCCAACCAUCCCCAUGCCACAACCUCACAUUCCACAGCUCCCCCUUCCCCAAUCCCAAAGACCGCUAAGUGCCAGAGAGCUGGAAACCAAAGAGCCAAGGCCAGGAAUGCUUCAUUAUGGAGCGGGACCACCUCAGCCAUGGGAGCCCGGCUGCUCCCCAUCAGGCAUGCCCCCGGGCCUGCCACAUGGACACACCCUGAAUGCCCCGCUCUGCCCGAACCGGCGGUCUCCAUCACCUCAAAGGAUCUUACCGCAGCCCAGGGGUACGCUCAUUCCUGAUACCGUGGCCAAGGCUAUUGCCAGAGAGGCAGCCCAGAGAGUGGCUGCAGAGAGUGGACGGAUGGAGAGGAGAAGCCAGGGAUUUUACUCUCAAAAUUCAGAUGAGGAAGAGGAUGAGGAAAGCUAUCAGGCCCACAGAAGAGGAGCAUCUAUGGAUGACUUCCUCAGGGGCUCAGAGCUGGGCAGGCAGUCUCAUUACAGUCACAGUGAAGAGUACCAGACCGAGAGCAGUCGGGGCUCGGAUCUUUCGGACAUCAUGGAGGAAGACGAGGAGGAGUUGUAUUCGGAGAUGCAUGAUGAAGGAAGGCGAAGAAACUCCCACAAUGUACUUAAGACCAGAGGAAGCAAUCCAUCUAACAGUCAGCCGGAUCGGGAAUCAAAUCGGAAAGCGGCUCACAGAGGCCCUCAACCUCAGCGUCGACCCCUCACCGUCCCAUCCAUUGAAAUAACCACUGAGAAUAACAGUGAGGGGAACUUCUCUCCAGUCAAGGAGGAUGUUUACUAUGGCAAUGUAGCGCGUCACAAGACAUGGUCCUCUCGGAGGAACGGGGGACGCAGGCCUCCUUAUGAUGGUUAUAGGGACCGAAGCCGGCGCUCUCCUCCGUACUACGAUGAGUCUGAGCAGGAGGAUUCCUUUCGAAUCUUUGUAGCGCUUUUUGACUAUGACCCUCUGUCCAUGUCCCCUAACCCUGAUGCGGCGGAUGAGGAACUGCCUUUUAAAGAGGGACAGAUCAUCAAGAUAUAUGGGGAUAAGGAUAAUGAUGGCUUUUAUCGUGGGGAGAUCCGGGGCAGGUCUGGACUCAUUCCCUGUAACAUGGUGUCAGAGAUCCGUGCUGAGGAUGAUGAGACCUUGGAUCAGCUCAUGAAACAAGGAUUUCUCCCUCUUAACACACCCGUGGACAGAAUAGAACAUAGCAGGAAAGGUCGCUACCCGGUGGCCACGAGAAGAAUGGUAGCCCUCUAUGACUAUGACCCCAGAGAGAGCUCCCCGAAUGUGGACGUUGAGGCCGAAUUGACCUUCUGUGCUGGCGACAUCAUUGCUGUUUUUGGAGAUAUAGAUGAAGACGGCUUCUAUUACGGUGAGCUCAACGGACAUCGAGGCCUGGUUCCAUCCAAUUUUCUAGAAGAAGUGCCUGAUGAUGUGGAGGUCUAUCUGACAGACACUACAUCCCACCACGGUCAGGACGAGCCAAAUCCGGCCAAGGCGCCGCGGCCAGAGGCCAAACGGGUGCCUGUGGAGAGUACAGUCCCAGCUCCGGCUCCUGGAAGACCAGCCUCUCCCACUGUGCGUCCUUUUCUUCCUGUUGGUCCAGUCAGACCGCUGAGCCCUGCUAGGGGUCCCCGAGACCUGGCAUCUAAAAAGAAAAAAGGACUGCUUUCUAAAGGGAAGAAACUGCUCAAAAAGUUCUCAAAGUAAAAAUAUUCGUAUGACUACAAAAGCAUAAAAUCUCUCUGAAAAGGGAAACUGCCAACCUCCAAUGUGUCAGUAAUCUACAGUCAUUUUUUUCUCAGAAAAAAUAAAUCCAAACUGGUUUCACAUUAACAUGCCCACAUACACAUAACGAAACAGUAUUUUCAGACGAAAUCAACUGUCCGAUUAAAAACGUCUAUAUAUACUGUGAUAUAGUUGAGGGCCAAGACAUUAAUAUUUAAUGAAUUAUUUUCGUUAUAAUUCCAUAUAAUCCAUAUAUCAAAUCAAAGUGCUGGAUCUUAAAUGAACAGAUUUUUGAAAUGUUUGUUAUGGUGUAGCAACAGCAGCUUGGUGAUACAUUUUUUUUUUUACAAAGGGCACUUAUAAAUAUGGCCUGACUUUACCAGUGAGCGAAAUAGCAGUAAGCCAUUGCUAUAAAUAUCCAGACCAUAACAAGUGCAUUAGUCCAAUACACAAAAGGACCACACUCAUAUUUAUUUGACUUCAUUCUAAUAUAUUACCAUUGGGAAGAUUUAAGAAAGAUAGGCAAGAUGCAAAACGUUUAAUGCCACAGGUACAGUCAGUAUGAGCAAAUCCUUUUAAACACUGCUGUGGCCUUCAUGUCAACUCAACAAGUAGCCUAUGACAUGACGUGUUAGCCACAGAAGAUCUGAUGAAUCCUCACAUCAGUCUUUGCCAAGUAUUCCUUCUCUCGCUUGCUCCAAGAUCGACCUUGUCUGUGUUUAUCAUGAAAAUGACUCCGAGGUCGUAAAAAUACAAUGGAAAGUUUCUGUGUUUGCCUUUCAACUGCACAAUCGUGUGUUUUUUGGUGAAUGAUGUGCGUGUGUGUAUGUGCGUCCCCUUGCAUCCAUGUUCGUGCAACCCUUGAACUGAAAAGGGACAAAUGUCGUAACGUGUGUGAAUAUGUAAUGUGCUGCUAAAUGCAAGGUGUUCCUGUUCCUUUCUAAAGUUAAUAAGGGUGAUGUUGAGGCAAAGAUGGUGUCUUGGUAUCUCCUCAAAACUGGUUUACACAUGCUUUGUUCGGCCUGGUCAUGAGAACAUCAUCCUAAAGGCCUAUAUGACAUAUCCUUGCUGCUGUUAUCAUUGGCUGGUUUUCCUGAGGAGGUUGCUUGCUUUGGUAGACACAAACUCCCUGUAAUGGUCCGUCAUAGGACCUUGCUAUAUUUUUUGAGCUAUAAGAUACAGGUUGAAUAAUACCCUCAGGACAAACUAUACCUAUGAUGGCUCAGUUGUCUCAAGCUAUAAUCUAGUAGUUUACAUAAGGGCAAACUCUCUUGCAUUAACACAAAACAUCUUGUCCUGCAACUGUAAAUGUGAGGUUGAACCAACAUCUGGUAGUAUCUCACAAUAAUGUGGCCAGUUGGGUUUAGAUUGCACUCUUGAAUGGUUUAAUCCAGGGUAAAUGCUGUGCGUGAUGCUUUAAAAAAGUUUAAAAAAAUUUAAUUAAACAAGUAUUAUAUUUAAGUAUUUUGUUUCAAAACAAAUAUGUGACAUUUAUUUGAGGUGGAUGAAUUUUCUUGUUGAAGAAAGUCGUGAAAGGUUUUAACUAAAAACAUGGUUGGAUAGACGAAAAGGAAUGUAUAGAAAUGUUUAGCUGUCUGUAAAGCUUGCAUCAUUUUGCCAAAAGAUUUAAAAUAAAUAAAAGAGAUUAAAUAUAUUUUCAUUUAACAGAAAUAUCUCUAUGAUGAUCACAAAUGGUGUUCGAUUGUGACUGGAUGUUUAGUUAUGUUAAUUCUCUGUUCGUCUUUUGUACGUUAAUCCACUUUUAGAUCAUUUAUAAAUGUUUAUACUUAAUUUACAGAUUUCAGACUUUUUUAGUGCUUUCAGAUUUAAUAUUCAACCGGUGUAAGCGUCCUUCAUGGUGUCUUUAAAAAAACGCUCAAGUCUGCAUUUCUGUACUAGUUCUGUGAAUUAAAGAGAAAAAAAAUCGCUGGUCUGUAUUUACUGAAAUGGAUUAUUGUGUGGAUGUGCAUGUGUAGAACUGUGUAAAAUAAACAUUUUUCUAUGACAAUAAACGUGAUAUUUUUC